AUGGGUUUCAUCCCGAAACUAAGGAGCGAGAUCUUAACCAAUGAUAACUGUGUGGCUGACCUUUUGCUGGCCAAUGGAGAUUGGGACAUCCGGAAGCUUAAUGUCCUUUUUGAUAAAGAAAAAGUGUCUGUAAUCGUCAAAGGCAGUAAACCCUCGGGUCUAGGGGAUGAUAGAUGGGUUUGGACUUUGGAGAAAAAAAGAAAAUUUACUUGCAAGUCGGCUUAUCUGUCUCAAGCUUUGGAUAGAGCCCAUCAAAGUGCGGUUGCUCCGACACUUUGGAACAAGUUGUGGAAUAGAAAAUUUUUGGAGAGGCAUAAGAUCCUUUGGUGGUGCAUCCUCUCUAAUGCACUCCCUACUAGAUCUGUGAUUGGAAGAAGAUUCCACAUUGAGAAUACCGAUUGCCCUUUCUGUGGUUUAGGGGAGGAAUCAAUGGAACACCUUUUCUUGUCAUGUGAUGUGGCAAUGCAUUUAUGGCGUUCUUCACCAUGGGGCAUUUAUCCUAUCUGCAAUUCUAGGAUUCGAGUUUGGGACUGGGUCAAAUUCAUAUGGAAUAUUAAUACUAGGGGGAUUCGAGUGGAUGAAGUAUUUUUGUAUGCUUCGAUUGUUGUGGAAACUAUCUGGAGAAUGCGUAAUGAUUACAUACAUAACAACUCUCGUCCGAAUGUUUUGAACUGUAUUGACAAAAUUUGUACUUCUUAUGCAGAGCUUCAUGAUGUUUUCUUGCCAUGCCCUACCCCUUCUUUGGUGGGGACCUGGAGGCCUCCUCCUCAGGAUUGGAUAAAAUUAAAUUGUGAUGUCAGGGUGGGCUUGGAAAGUAUGUGCAUAGCGGUGGUAGCUAGAAACCAUUGGGGUGCAGUGGUUCAGAUUCACACGGCUCGGUUAGACUUUGCGGAUGCAUUAUGUGGAGAAGCAGCAGCUUGUUCUUCAGCUGUUUCAGUGGCUCUUGAGCAAGGCUUCAAGUUUGUUUUGGUAGAGAGUGACUCGAGAAUAGUUAUCAAUGCUUUCAAUGGGACGGAGUCUCAUUGGGCGAUCGAGAACUAUGUCUCCUUUUGUUCUAGGUCUUCUCCCUCUUUUAUUAGUUGUAAUUUUGUGUAUGCUAGUAGAACUUGUAAUUUUGCUGCCCAUAAUGUAACUAAUUGA